UGUGUUGAGUGAGUGAAAUAUUCACUGAUCAAUUUAACUAAAGACUGAAUUAAAUAUCUUUUGAGUGAUAAUGAUAAAGAUAAGAGUGCAGUGUGUUUAUCUGUCGAUAAUUUAAUGGAUAUUGAACACAGUCGGCUGCUGAAGUUCCUGCUGAAAGAACCGAAAAUGGAGAAACACACCCUCAAAAUAGAAAACCUAGGGCCAACAGACAUCGAGUGCGAAGUACCAAGGCAACAGAAACUCCGAGAAGCUUCCGAAUCAACCGUUGAAAACAAGGAGCCAACCCUCGAAACAGUCCAAAACACGGGACAAAUAGAAUGGGUGGAUCUACGGGACAUGAUAAAGAAACCAAUCUACAUGGGGCUACAAGAAGAGGUUAUACGCUCGCCGCAUCACAUCAGGGAACCUAGAGUAGGAGAUGAACCUCCCGUAAACAAGACAGAUAAACCACCAAUAGAAGACAACAAGCCCCAAACCAGAAUACCCGUGUCCAGAUUCAAACCUGCGGCCGAACGCGUGCUGAAAGAGAAAAGAAAUGCCGAUGCACAGAAGAGUAAAAGAGAGGCACCAGAAAAACCACGUCAUACAUCCAUACCCAAACUAAAAGACAGAACAAUUGUAAAAAAAAAUCCUCCGACAGAUGAAGAUCAUUCCGAUAAAACAGAGAGUAAGGCGGUAACAGAAGCCAAAGAUGAAAGACCAGUCAAAACUAAUCUAAAGAGAGCAACACGAAAAGAUAGAAUACCGGUUAUGAGUAAAGAUCAUUACAAAAUAACAAAGAAAGAUGACGGAGUUAAAAAAGAUGAACCAGUUAAAACAAAAACAAGUGAAAAGUUAGAUGAUGAAUUUGAUAAACUUUAUGACGAAAUAGUUGACAAUGAUGCAGCAAGCAUACCUGAGGAGAUUCUAGAAAUUAAAGUCAAAGACCCUGAGAAGCUUGAAAUAAGGUUUGAAGAAAUAGUUCAUCAAUAUGACGAUCCACCGAUAGAGCAGGUUAAAUUAGAACCGAUUGACAAGGCACGAUAUUCUAAAAUACCAUUACUUAGACGCAGGAGUUCGCAUGACGUAAAGUUACCCGGGCAACUCGAAAGAAGGUUGUCACUCAAAACCGGUACAAUUAAUAAAUCAACUCCAGGAGGCGAUCAAGAAACAAAUAAUAGUACUGUGAAGAAAAAAGACAUUGAUAAACCAGACAACGUUACGGAAAUUAAUAGAGCACAAGUAUCUGAUAAUACUGACAGUGAAAUUGCUGUUGAGGAAAAUAAUAAUGACGAAAAUAAUGAAGAUCAUUACCUCGGAACGGAAUCCCCACCUCUAAUACCAGAUUACAAUACAAUUGCAACUCCAGAUUCUGAACUAGUAAAAGUUGGAAUAUUCGGGAUAUCACCUCGAAACAUUCCAUUAGACGAAACAAAUCAAAUUGUGACAACGCCUGAGCUAGAAACUGUCAAAGUAGCUGUUAUAGAUACACCUUCUGAAGAACCACCGAAACAAAACAGUGAAGAUAUUCAUUUAAUAGAAACAAAACCAACCUACUCACCUGAAGUACAAGAUGAUACGUAUAUACCGGCCAUAGAUAAUAAGCACGAAAUAGUAGAUAAUGUAUAUUUAUCUGAAGAAAAUAAUACUGAUGUUCCGAAUAAUUCAACAGAAGAAACUUAUUUGAAAGAUACUACUAAAGUAGCAAUCUCAAAGGACGACCCAGUUGAUCACAAUAAAAUCAAUCGUAUCGUAUAUCCCGACAAUGAUUUAAAAUCUUAUAGUUUAUUGAAAAAUACUACUAAUAUUGAAGAAAGAACCAAAUCUAGAUAUAUUAACAAGCCACCAAAUAAAGAAACAAAACCAAAUAAUGUAGAAACAAUAGAAGAAGAUAUACCUAAGGGUAAAGUUAGUAGAAUUCUGAAAAGACUCACUUCACAAGAAAAUCCUAACACUGAGCACACUGAAAAGUAUAAUGAUACAGAAGUUAUAGAUGCAAAGAAAGAAACAGACAAUAUUCCUAAAAAGAAGUCUUUACUUUCUAAAAUUGCUAUGUUUGAGCGUCGAGACCCAGACCCUCCAAAACCCAAAACUUUAACACAUAAAUAUUCAAAACCAGUACGAACUAUUAGCGAAGACGUAAAACAUUCACCAAAAAUAGUUCAAGAAGUCCUUAAACCCAGAGGCGUACAGAUAGAUAAACAUACUAUAGUUACUGUUGAUAUCGUGAGACCUGUUGAGGUUAUAAGUCAUAAAAAAGAAGAAGUACCAGUUGUAGAGAAUUUGAAAGAAAAUAUAGUCACAUAUGAUAACUUUGACGAUUCUCGACUCAAUAAAACCGAAAAUAAGAUAGUUCAUGAUGUUCUACCACCUAAAGGCGUACUCACAAACGAGCAUACAGUUGUUACUAUUGAUGUUAUGAAGCCAGUUGAAGUUGUUACCAAUAACGAGGAGCAAGUAACUGUUGUUGAAAAUUUCAAAGAAAAUACAGUCACUUAUGAUAACUUUGAUCAUGAUAGACUGAAUAAUAUAGAACCCACUGAAAUUGAACCAAAGAGUCUAAAUAUUGUGAAUAAUGAUGCUGUAUUGUCAGAUAUUAGUGGAAAUCAUGAUAACUAUAAUAAAUCAGAAAGAAGCGAUAAUUCAGAAGGUGACCUUAAAAUUGUAAAAGAAAACAAACCAAAAGGCCUGUUUCUUAAAGAUAACGACAACAACGAACCAGUACCAAUUAAUGAAAUAAGACGUAAUAAUGAUUACAAUAAAGAAAAAUGGAAAAGCACAGAUGCUCUAACAGAUUUCCUUCCAGUGAAAGAAAAAAUAAAUAGACUCAAAUCUUAUGAAGACACAAAUAUGAAAAAAGCUAAAUCUACAGCAGAGUUGGACUUAGGAGAUGCCGUUAAAGGAAAAGUAAAGAAGAUGAUUGUAAGAAUGAAUUCGUCCGAGUUGCUAGAUGAUGUGAGGCCGAAAGAGGUAGAAGUUAUAAGUGCGAAAGAGAGACCUAGAAAGAGGUCGGUGUCGGAGAAAAUUGCCUUAUUCGAGAGAAAACUAACGCCAGUAACAAUGGACGACGUGAAAUUGAAACACAACGGCCGCGCUCUAAACCCCCACACCAAACCUGUCAAGGACACUGUCAACGCCGUCCCUGUCAACACCAAACCUGUCAAAGACGCUGUCAACGCGACAAAUGGAAUGCAGAUAGAGACAGAUAUAGAUUACGCAGCCAAAAUUAAAGAGCUGAAUAACGCCAAGCUAACAUAUGGCAGCGUCAGUGACAUGAGCUACAUACAGCUGAGAGACGGGAGGAAAAUGCCCGUUAUCGCGCUUGGGACUGCUUUGCUGGACCCCAAACUAGCCACGCACAUAGUGGCAGCGGCCAUAGACCUCGGCUAUAGGGCCAUAGACACGGCGUUUAUCUAUGGCAAUGAGAAGGAAGUGGGAGAGGGGAUACGGGCGAAGAUACUAGAUGGCACUGUGCGACGAGAGGACCUAUUCAUCAUGAACAAGAUGUGGAGCACCUUCCACCGCCCUGACCUGGUGGAGGCGGCCUGCCGCGCCUCCCUGGCGGCCACCGGCUUGGACUACUUCGACCUGUACAUGAUACACAACCCCAUGUCUUUCAAGGAAGGCGGUGACCCCCUCCCAAAGAUUGCCAACGUGCUCCAAUUCUCCGACUACGAUUACUUGGACGCGUGGUUCGCCAUGGAGAGCCUGGUGUCCAAGGGGCUGGUGCGCAGCAUCGGCGUUAGCAACUUCAACUCGGUGCAGCUUGAUAGGGUGCUGGAUAAAGGCAGGAUCAAGCCCGUGGUCAACCAGGUGGAAUGCCACCCGUACCUGAGCCAGCAGCGCCUCUCGGACUUCUGCGAGGCGCGCGGCGUGCGCCUGAGCUGCUUCGGCGUGUUGGGCUCCAAGGGCACCCCGGCGGACCUGAAGGCCUCGCAGGCCGCCGCCAUCGACGACCCUCUGCUGCAGGUCAUGGCUGCUGGGCUGGGGAUCACUCCAGCACAGCUGCUGAUUAGAUACCAGAUCGACAGCGGGCACGGCGUGGUGGUGAAGGCGUCGUCGGGCGCGCACCUGCGCGACGACCUGCGCGCGCUGCGCGCCGAGCUGCAGCCGCCGCAGCUGGCCGCCAUGCACGCGCUCAACAAGAACAAGAGGACCUUCACUUUUGUCGGAAUGGGCGACACACACAAGAAUUAUCCUUUCAAGAUUGCUUUUUAAUCCGUAUGGGAUUUAAUGUGAAAAUUACCGCCAAUUUGGUAUUACGCUUUUUACAUGCUAAUCUUUCGUAAUUUGAUUAUCUUAUUGUACCUACGAGAAAUACAUUUAUUUAUUGUCUUUAUUACUAUGAUAUGUGUGUUCUGGCAAUUCAAAAUUUUCCUCGUCAUAUAGUCGAACCAGGCUAACUCUGCAUUCUUUGUUAUGACAAAGUGUACUAGUGUCAGUAUAAACAUAGGAUUUGGAACACGUCUUUACCUGAAUACACUCAUUUGAUAUAAAUAAAUACAAAUCCAUUGUAGUUAGAUCUAAAGACUAAAAGUAAUGUAUUUUUGGUGGCGAUCUUUUUUGAAUGUGUGUUCAAUUAAUUUUCUUUCAAAUAUUGUGACCGUCUUAGAAUAAGCUUCUCUAAAUAUUUUUUUUAGAAUUAUGUUUUUUUUCUAUAAUUAAUCAUUUUAUAUUCUGACAUUAAAUCGAUACAUUUAUGCUCUUGUGUUGUGUGAAGAGUAAUUUUAUAUUAUUUUGACUUUUUAUACUUACCAUAUUUUCAUAAGAUUAAGAAUAAAAUACAUUUUGUAUAAAA